AUGGCUAGAAAGAGAAAAGUGUCAAAUGAUCAAGACUCUGAUCAUCUUGAAGAAAACAUGGUGUGGGAGGAUGAGAAGGUUAAAGAACCACCAGCUGUGGCGGCAUUAGGCGGAAUCCGGCGAGCUCGGAAGCGGUUUGUGGGUGUUCGACAGCGGCCCUCGGGGAGAUGGGUGGCAGAAAUUAAGGACACGAUACAAAAGAUUAGAGUCUGGUUAGGCACUUUUGACACAGCUGAAGAAGCAGCUAGAGCAUAUGAUGAAGCUGCUUGUUUGUUAAGAGGAGCCAACACUCGCACAAACUUCUGGCCUUCUUCUCAGUCAACUUUGACCACACCUGCCCUUCCUUCAAAAAUCACAAACCUUCUUCUUCAUAGACUCAAAGCCAGAAACAAUUCUUUAGCACUUGCUGCAAGUGCUUCAUCUCAAAACGUUUCCAAUGUAUCUAUUAAUCAUCAUGAUGAUAAGAAGCAAGAGGACUUUAGAGAUGAUGUAGUUGAGUUUUCAGAUACAAUCUUUACUGAUUUUCUCAAUGACACGGAUGAGUAUAUUCCUGAAACCAAUGAUGAAAAUCAUGUUAAAGAUGAUUUUGGUAUGUUGAUGGAAUCUGAUAAUAAUUUGGAAGCUCAGUGUUCAAAUGGUGAUGUAAACAAUGGAGGUGGGGUUGAAGAAGAAGAAGAAGAAGAUGAUGAUGAUGAUGAUGAAGGGAGCAGUGAAACAGGAGUGAUUGAUUUUGGUUUCAUCGAUGAACUUGGAUCAACUUGUAACUUUUCUCCAUUUGAGAUAGCUCAAGAGAUAGCAUCAGAGGUGUACAAUGAAGAAGGAGAAGAGCCAUUAACAAUAUCGGAAGCGAUGAAGAGGAUGAAAUAUGAACGCAAGUACUCGGCUUCUCUUUAUGCUUUCAAUGGCAUACCGGAGUGUUUGAAGUUAAAGCUUGGUUUUGGAGGGGGUGUAAAUGUAAAAUCUAGAGGAAGAUCCAAAAUGCAAAGAACUGUUCUUCAUAAGAAAGCAGAAGAAGAAGAAGAAGAAGAAUCAAAGAAAGAUGUUGCAGAGGACUCAACAACAGUUUCUACUGCAACAAACACCAUCGAUGGAGAGUUGUCACUAUGGAGCUCUCUUGAUCUCCCAACCAUAUGUUAUGUUAAUUAG